AUUUUCAAAUGAUAAUUCGCAAAGAGCAAGAAGAUUUUAUGCAAAGAAUGGUAAUACCUCCAUCAACAGCUGAUAAUGAAGCACUUUUAGAGAAUAUUCUCGUGAUGAUUGUUUGCAUACUGAACCGAAUCCCUGUUUUUAUUAUCGGUGCUCCUGGAAGUUCAAAAUCCUUGGCAGUAAGAAUCAUCAGCUCAAAUUUAAGAGGAGCGGAUUCUGAAGACGAAUAUUUCAAAACAUUACCACAGGUCUACUUUAUACCACAUCAAGGUUCAGCGUCAUCAACUUCGGCAGGUAUCGUCAAGGUUUUCGAUAAAGCGAAAAACUACCAAAAGACAAGUUCAAAAGCAUAUCCUGUGCAAGCUGUAGUUCUUCUUGACGAAGUUGGUCUAGCAGAAACUAGUCGAUUUAAUCCCUUAAAAGUUCUUCAUGCUCUUUUAGAACCUGGUUUUUCUAGGGAAGACUUUACAGAAAUUUCGGAAGCAUCAGUUGUUGAUAAGUCUAAAGAAAAUUUAAAAGCAAGCUCAAAUGAAAAAUCAAACAAAAAAUCAAAUGAAAAAUCAAAUGAAAAAUCUAAUGAAAAAUCAAAUGAAAAAUCUAAUGAAAAAUCUAAUGAAAAAUCAAAUGAAAAAUCUAAUGAAAACUCAAAUGAAGAUUUAAUCACUUCCGAAGAAGCUUCUAUGGUAAUAAUUAAUAGCGAUGGAGAUAAAGCUAUAGUAGAAGGAUCAUUAUCGUUAAUGCCAGAUAAUAAAAAUGAUAGAAAUGAAAACUCAUUAAUAUCAGAUAAUAGCAAAAAAGAUUGUAAAAAAGAAUUUAAUGAUGAUCCAGCAGUGUCAGUUGUUGGCAUUAGUAAUUGGCGUCUGGAUAAUAGUAAAUCAAGCAGAGCAUUACUUGUGCAACGACCAAAAUUUGGCGUUGAGGACCUUAUCUUAACAGCUUCCAUGCUUUUGGAUGACAAAACUAAAAAUGGAAUCGCAGAUUCCAAACUCAGGCAACUUGCUGAUGCCUACCUUGAUUAUGAAAAGAAUCAAAAGUAUAAAAACUUUCACGUGAGUACAUUGGAACUAGGGUUGAUAAGAAAUUUUGGAGGAACUGAUCAGACCAAAUUAAUAUGCGAAAAAUAUUUCGGCAAGGUACUAAAUUCUUUCAGUAGCAAUAAGAACUAUAAUUAUACACCAAUUCCUGUAGAACGGCUCAUAAACGAAAACCUUAAUCGAAAAGACACACGACAUUUAAUGGUCAUUGGAAAAAGUGACUCUUUAGUUAACAUCCUAACCUAUCAUGUACGAAAUCAACAGUUAGACCCUGUUGUGCUUUGUGGCUCACAAUUUCCCGAUGACGGCGAUGGUGACUAUUUGUAUGCUGUUUUAAGCAGGAUAAUGAUGUGUGUUGAAGCCGGAAGACCUUUGAUUCUCACAGAUUUAGACAUCAUCUAUGGAAGUCUUUAUGAUUUAUGGAAUCAGAAUUACAUCACUCUCGGCAAUCGUGAAGAUAUAAAGUAUUUUACAAGAGUUGCACUUGGUGCUUAUUCCAACCCAAUGUUAUAUGUACAUCCAGACUUUAAAUGUAUUCUAGUAAUGGACGAAAAUAAACUCGAAUACACUGAUCCACCUCUGCUCAAUCGAUUUGAGAAACAACGAUUAACCAUUAAUGAUAUACUUUCUGAACAUCACAAUGAACUUUGUAAUGCUUUGUUUAAAUGGGUUCGUCAGAUAUCAACAGUACAAGGGGUUGCGCCAAAUGAAUUCACCGAAAAAGAUAUUUUUAUAGGAUUUAACAAAGAAGAAACUAUUCAGAGUUUAGUAUUUGAUCAGUGCAAAAUGGAGGAAAAAGAUGGAGAUGACGAGUUAACAUUAAAGAGAUGCAAGGAGAGAUUAAUAACUAUUGCUUCAUCAGAUGGUAUUGUGCGCGCAAAGAAAUCUCUCUUAUUCAUGCAGAAACCCCAAGAAGUCAAUGAAUUGUGUAAUUCCUAUUUUAAUAGUGGAUUACAUGAUGAUAUUGAGUCAUGUUUAAGGAUAUUACUUGGUGAUAAAAAAAAUCGAAAGAAUAAAGAGGCACAAUUAAUAAUAGUAAACACAUUUUCAAAUAUUAACGCUGAUGUUAAGGCUUGCUUAGAUACAUUAGAGAUAAAUUGUCAAGUAGAUAAACUUUCGACAUUUAAAACAGAAGCUCAACUCCAAGAUCGGAUAAAACGCUUUUGGCUGGAUAGUAGUGAUGAACUUUUAGUUUUACAAUGUGAUCAAUCAAUGAUAAAUUCCAGUUGCAUCAAGUUAGCAAAAUUCAUUAUUGAACAAAUAAGAGCAAAAUACUUGGAGAAAAAACGAAAGAGUGAUAUUGAUGUACCAGUAAAACAUGUUUGCAUCAUUCUCCAUAUUCAUCGUGAACAGAAAACUACGUCUUAUUUUGACUUUAUGUGUGGAUGGAAUCAGAUUACUGUUGGAACUCUGACACCAGAAGAGAAGGACUUGCCAAUAUUUCUGGGUGGAAAAAUUAUAAAUGUCAUGAAUUCGGUUUUACCAUUUGAAGAAAUUUUAGAGCAAGAGCUACUAUGGAGUCUUUUGUGUAUUAAGUAUCCAUUGACAAUGGAUUCUGUAGAACAUAUCAAAUACCUUGUCAAUGAAAUUCCCAAACAUCUGCGAUUUGUAAAAGUGAUGAAACAAAAAACAUUGAAAUGGUUAGAUGAGAACGCUUCAGCAAAUUGGCAAUUAAAGGUUGCCACUGACAAGCGAGUACUUUAUUUACAUUCAUCCUUCUGCGCCGCUCUUCAAGCAUAUAUACGAAUCACUGUGAGAAAACAUAUCGCUAAAUUAUUAUGUGUACUUGAAAGACUUUCUACUCUCAAAACUUUACUAAAUCUCGAAUGUAAAAACGGUGAUAACUACCUUAUCGAAUUUUGGUAUCAGAUGUUUGACAAUAAUAAUGUUAUCGAUAUUGAAUACUUGAUGGAUCCGAAACCUGACUGUUAUCCCAUGGCAAGCGGUCCAUACACCAUGGAAUUUCCCUUCUCUUAUUAUAUUAUCAAGCAAAUUAAUCUUUACGAAAAGCUUUAUUUAGAAGACAUUAAAAUACUUAAAGAAGACAAAAAUAAUAUCGACUAUUAUACUGGUGAUCUAUUAGAUAAUGUACUUGCCGAUUGUUUUGAAAGAUUCCAGAACAUUUUAUCAAAAAUUCCUGCAUUAAAAGAUGCGCCCUCUCAAAUAGCUCCUGACUUAUAUUACAAAGAUUUUCUUACCUUCAUCUCUUCUAAUCAUGGAGGCCACGAAAACAUUAAACUUAUCAACCUUCUACUACUUAGACGUUUGGGUAAAAAGUUAAUCCUAAAUCCUAUCAGACUUCACACAUAUUGGUGGGCAAAAUCUGAUAUUGUGUUAGCUGAGUUACAGUUAGUUAAACUUUGUCCUUCAAUCACUGAUGAAUUAGCUAAAGAUAUAAAUGACGGUUUCGAGAACUUUGAAAAAGAUCUACUAGAUAUAGCCGCUCAGUUGACAUUGGAUAGUAUCUACAUGAUAAAUAAUAAAAAACAAUUGGAGCAGUGGCAGCUUGAGGCCUCCAAAAUACUGCUACUUUGUUCAGAGCUCUCAACGGGUUCUUUAUCUCCUUCUCACCAACUUCUAAAUGUAUGCAACGAUCUCGUUUCAAAACAAGUAAUUCCUUAUGAUAGUCUCUUGACAGUUGUUGACAUUGGACGUAAUAAUGGUCUUUCGGAUACCAAGUUCAUUGAUCAUAUUUUUAAAUUUUUUGACUCAAAAAAUACAUAUCCGAAUACCAUUGCAAGACAAAAUUUUGUGCUAAGUAUUUUAGAUAUUAUUCCUCUUGAAUCGCCUACUCGUUUGCACUUUUAUGAAAAGUUGUUUGAAAAAGCUCAGCCAUUACCUUUCACGGCCUUUAUAGUACUUUGCAUCUUUCGUUCUGAGGAAAAAGACCUAUUCUCAGCUAUAAUCAGGAAUGCAAAUGAGGUAUUACAUUUCUCCCCAAGACUUAAUAUAAUAAAUAAACAAUUAGAAAAGAAUUCGUGUGAUUCACAACUAGCGGCACUAUGCUGUGAUGUUAUUCAAAAAGAAUUUUUCGCAAAUGUGGAGUUUGAUAGACUUAAAGGGUUAUUCCAUGAUGCUUUACGAGUUUUGUGUUCUAAAAAUGUUAAACCAUUACAGCUUGUUUGUGCUAUAGCUUUAUUAAAGCAGUUUGUAAAUAGUUUUUGGUCAUCAUUAACCAUAAGCAAUGCUUUGAUUGAGUCGAUGAAUUUUAAUUCCAUAGAUUCAAACAAAUUCAUGGUCGAGCUGAAUGGAUUGAUGCAAAGUCGACAUCCACAAGUCCAAUCACUCAAAUACUAUUUUCUCAAGAGAUUACGAAUUCGUGGUUUCUCAAUGAAUGACCUUAAACAAUUCUGUAAUAUUCAGCAAAAAAAUUUACCAUGGCUUUCUGAUUUACCAUGGAAUAAAGAUAAUGAUUCCCGACUACCCUUUAAUCCUUACUUUUUGCUUGAUGAAUAUGAUAAUGCAGACGAUUCUUUGAACGGAGCUCAGUUAAAUAGCGUUUUGAAGAAGCUUUCAUCAGCUAAUUGCGUUAAUUUGCGCAUUACCUUUGUUGGGGUUAUUGUGGAUCGUUUAUAUUCAGUUCACGCAAUGCGCAGCUUGAAUGAAAAUGAAAAUGAAGUGAUUACUAAUUUAAGAGUAUUUUUGGAUACGAUUAAUUUAUCACCAGUUUAUAAACAGCUCAUGACAAGGCUUUUAGAUAAUGAUCAUCCUAUGCUUCAAAUUCAGACAAAUAUUGAUAAUAAAAAUUUAUUAAUUCGUUUGGUUAUCAUUCACAUACUCGCAGUUCAUGCAUCACUUCCAUCUGAUCAUUCACCAUUAACACAAUACCUUCACAGACUUCAAGAUGUUCAAAAUACAUAUAUAUUAACUUGUUCAUCUGAUGAAGAUGCAAUAUUAAUGGGUGCACUCAAUGAAUUCGCCUGGUACCAAUGUGGUUGUGGAUUUAAAUAUGUUGUUGGUGAAUGUGGCCAAACCAUGCAGAACCGAAGUUGCCCAAAAUGUGGUGCAACAAUUGGUGGGAAAGAUCAUGUAACAGCAGUAGGUCAAACAAGAUUAAACGCAAAUCAAGUUCGAAAUGUCAUCGCUAAUAGUGAUAAGACUGGUUAUUUAAUGGAGACUGGAUCAUUAGAACAAAGCAAAAGCGUUCGCGAAAUGACUACACCUUCUUACCGAAUCUUACAUCUUUUUAUUCAUGCACUUAUUUCCGUCUCCGCCUAUUCACAGACAUUUCUUAAAAAUAUUUCUGAUCCUAUUGCAUAUUGUUUGGAUCAUAUUACUAAAGAUUGGGACGUAUUAAAGUCUCUAUUGAACUGUAAUGAUGAAGAUUUGGCUUUAAUAUUACAUGAUAUACUUCAUUCGAUCGUUAAAGAUAAUAAAAUUUCGAACUCUGUAUUAGCAACUAGAGAUGCACGAACAAAUUGGGAGAAUCAAUUUACCAUGCGAUAUGUUAAUAAUCGGGCCAGAAAUCCUGCGGCAGCCACAAUAGAUUUCCGUAAUAAACUCCAGAGAGCAAAAAAUGAUAGAAAGAAAAAAAUCACUAUUUUUGAAGCAGAGAUAAAUGAAACUUUGACAUUUGAUGACACUUACAGCGCAAGACGAUUACCUAAACUAUGGAGACUUAUCGGAAAUACAAACUUUGCUAACUUUCGCGCAUUUUAUUCAAAUAAUGAAAAUUAUCAUACGAAUUUUCCAUUUAUUUCAAUAUUCUUCAAAUAUGAAAAGUUUUUACCACUUCUUAAACAUCUAUAUCACUUGGUUAAAUUUUCACGUAUACUUUCCAUGCGUCUUAAUUAUCGUAUUAAACGGAAUGAUGCGUUAAAUAUGACAUUCCGUCAAUUUAUUGUCGAAUAUGGAGAGCUUCAACAUUCUCUUAAAGUUGCAUUCGAUAAAUUUGCAGAAUCUUGGAACGCUGUAAUGCCACUUAUUGAUAGAUAUCAAUGUCAUGAUUUACCUACAAAUAAACCCAAGAUGAAUUUGGAUUGCCAGAUUGUUUUUGGUCUUGUAGAGGGUAAAGAUGCAGGUCUAUUUUUAUGUGCGGCAUUAGAAUAUUUAGUUGAUAUUCAAAAUAGAUUCCUACGCGACGUUAUGAACAUCCAAACUGGAACAUGCCAUUCAUUGAAAUUUAUUGAGCGUCAGACACGGUCAGACACUAAUGAUCCGUAUCUCAUCAAAUCUGUACGACUUGAAGAUGCUAGACAAACAAAUUUUAUUGAUUACGAAUGGAAUCCAAAAUUAUUAGAAUAUAGUCAACGUAUCCUUAAUGUUGGUAGAGGCAAGGAGAUUAUUUAUGAUCUUUAUAAAAUUGAAGCAGAACUUGUAAAAACUUUGGUGUUAAAUAAAACUUAUUUAGAACCCACUGAGCCAGGUGGACUUAUUCUAGAGCCAUUCUUCUACUGCAUGGAAAUGUUUCAAAGUUCCACUUCUAUAUUAUAUGAUAUUAAACAAAAGAUUAAACAAGAAUCGAUUCCACAAGGUAUGUUGGGAUUACUCACUGGUGGAGUUUCAUCAAACUAUCCUUCCGAAUUUAGCAGUAAAGCUGGAAUUACUGAGAUAAUAUUGUCAGACAAUGAAUCAGAACUAUUGUCUGCUUUAGAAUUGCUUUUAUGUUUCAUUAAGAGAACUGCUGGCAGUGAUGGAAAUAUAACACUUAAAAAUUAUAUUCAACAUUGGGUAAAGCUUUCUGUUCUCACUGAAAAUAAGGCACUAGAAAAGGUACUGAACACUGGUUUGCAACUCAAACAUGUUAUUGCGCUUUAUGAAAUCGUUGAAGGAAAAGUUGCAGAUAUUAUGAUAGAAAGUAUUACUGUAAAAUACAAAGCUAGUCUUACAAAAGAAAUAGAAAAAGAGAUAUUAGCAUCUUGUUCUUUUGAUGAAAAGGAUAUUAAACUUAAUGCGAAUCUUAUUCAAGCUGAAACAUUUAUGAAUGCAUUAAAACGAUUUACGUUCCGUCAGUUAUUAGUAGAAACUAUACGAGAGGAUCAUCCUUUAUCAGAAUAUUUAAAUCAGUCAUCCCUUUGCUGUUGGCCAGAUAGUAUAGAUGAAGACUCAAUUUUAGAAAUGUUUCCUACAUCACUUUUGAUAAAACAUACACAUGAAGCAUAUCACUUUAUAAAAAAAAGAAUAGAGAUGAUUGCUGCGGAAAAACAAAAGAUUGUGAGGCAGUCUAAUAUAUUCAAAGAAGAAGAAGGACAGAUAUUCAAGAAAUAA